AUGCGGCGGCUUCAGAAGCUGUAUCCCGAGUAUUCGGCACUACUGGAAGCGCUCCACCCGCAGUUCUCCCAGCAAGAGCGCUGGGACCAAGUGAAGAGGCUCUUCCCCUCGCCGACGCCGAUCUUGAACAUCCUGACGCGCCUGUCGGAGGAGGAGGUCCGCAACAAACAAGAGGCUCUGGCCCAGUUGGCGCAUCGGCUGGUGAUUGGUCUGGAUGACUCGAGCGAGGAUUCUGUACGCAUCCUGAUCGACAAGAUUGUGUCCAACGACGCAGCUGCAAAAGAGCUGGCGGCCAACAGCCCGCUCUGA